AUGUCUUCGCUGUCUUCCUGCGCUGAGGAAGAUGCUGUAGAGGAGAAGCAAGGGAGGUUGGUGAUAAUGGUACAUCCAGUGCAAGCCACUCAAACCAAGGACAAAGAGCUCGAGGGGUUUGGCGUGGGCUUAGGCACGGAACCGCGCGUGGCCAAGCAGGAACGACAGGCUCCUGAGGGGUGA